AUGCCUGAACCAGCAAAGUCCGCGCCCAAGAAGGGCUCUAAAAAAGCCGUCACUAAAUCCGCUGGCAAGCCUGGCAAACGCAGAAAGAAGGGAAGGAAGGAGAGUUACGCCAUCUACGUCUACAAAGUCCUGAAGCAAGUCCACCCCGACACUGGUAUCUCCUCUAAGGCCAUGAGUAUCAUGAACUCGUUUGUCAACGAUAUCUUCGAGAGAAUCGCUUCCGAGGCCUCGCGAUUGGCUCACUACAACAAGCGCUCCACUAUCACGUCCAGGGAGAUCCAGACUGCUGUUCGUCUCCUCCUCCCCGGUGAGCUGGCCAAACACGCCGUGUCCGAAGGCACCAAGGCCGUCACCAAGUACACCAGCUCUAAGUAG